AUGGGGCCUCUCGUUCACAUUCCCAAGCUACUGGCGCCUCUCGUCCCCAUUCCCAAAGACAAGACUCCUUCUCCUCAUCUUCAUCAUCAUCAGACUAGGCGCCCUCCUCGUACUUCUUGCCCUUUCAAGAAGCCCGACUGGCUCUUAGGUCAUGCGGUCCUCAUGAGCUUGGGACGCAAUGACCUCCGUUGGCACACAUCGAAGGCAGAGUGCUUCGUUCUUCAGCCAGUGCCUAAGCACAUGAAGUAUCGCAAGCGCAAGAGGUUGGCUUUGGGUAUGGAGAUUGCUCCUAGGCCUCGGGUGUCUUCUCGUGCCCCCUCAGGCUCCAAGCUCUUCAUCGCCCGAGCUUACCUCUGUCCCGGCCUUCAGUUCCGACGAAGGGAGGUAGACAGGUCGGGUAACAGAGCCAUCCUCGUCCUCAUCGUCGCUGUCCUCCAUGUGGAGGAAGGAAGAGUUGGGGUCUUUGGGGUAAAACCUGAAGGCCGGGACAGAGUGCCUGAGCAUAUGAAGUAUCGCAAGAGGAAGAGGUUGGCUUUGGGUAUGGAGUUUGCUCCCAGGCCUCGGGCGUCUUCUCGUGCCCCCUCAGGCUCCAAGUGGACUGGCCCCUCUUUUUCUGCACAAUACAGUGCUUUGGCCAACGCUGUCCUGGGGUCCGAGACCUGCGCUUUCUGCCACCUGUGCCCCAUCUACUGCCUCCAUGCUGCCUCUCUUGCCUACCUGCCUUCUCCGCCCGCGACCCCUUCCAAGGUCAUACCGACAUUGGAGGCAGAGUGCUUCGUGCUUCAGCCAGUGCCUGAACACAUGAAGUAUCGCAAGCGCAAGAGGUUGGCUUUGGGUAUGGAGAUUGCUCCCAGGCCUCGGGCGUCUUCUCGUGCCCCCUCAGGCUCCAAGGUGCUCAAGGGUGGAGGCAGUAAUGGGGCACAGGUGGCAGAAAGCGCAGGUCUCGGACCCCAGGUCAGCGUUGGCCAAAAUGGGGGCUGA